AUCAGAAUUAUGGGCGUGACCUACUUUUAACCACUCCCACUUUUAAUAAAAUGGCCUCCAAGGAAGACCAAACUGGAGAAGAUCAAGACAAGCCAUUGUGUAGAUAUGAUCCGAAUUGCUACAGAAAGAAUCCAACCCACUUUGAGAAUUACAGACACACGAUAGUCAGUUCCAAAGUAGCAGCAGGUUCCUCUUCCAAUGCUCCUAUUGUCCUGGUAGAAGAGGAAGAGGUAAAGGAUCCUCCAUCGAAGAAACUAAAGCCAAAUCCCAAUGAGGAUGACGAUUGUAUUUUAAUUGAGGACAAACCUCUAGAAGAAGCUCCACCUACUGGUAUCACACCCACUUUAUUUUAUUUGACGAAGGUGAGGGGCAUACCUGAUCGGUAUAAUGAUCCUAGAUACACUGUCGGGAUAAAAGAUAUUCUCUCAUCUACUCAUGGCAACUUGAUUGGUUCAGCUCAGUUUAACUACAUGUUUGACAUCAAAUGGUUGCUAGAUCAGUAUCCUGAAGACAAGAGAUCAUUACCAUUACUAAUAGUUCAUGGUUUCCAAGGAAGGGAAUUUGAGUCACUCAGAAUGGACUCACUCCCUCACCCUAACAUCAAACUGUUGCAGGCAAAGUUAGAUUUGUUUGGAACACAUCACAGUAAGAUGAUGCUACUUAGCUAUAAUGAAGGACUACGUGUUGUCAUACACACUGCUAAUCUUAUUCAGAAAGACUGGGAUCAGAAGACACAAGGUGUAUGGAUGAGUCCUGUAUUUCCUAAGAGCACCGUAAAGAGAAGCUGCAAGUUUCAAGAUGAUCUACUGAGUUAUCUUGAUACAUAUACAGGAGCUGCCAUGAAUGAAUGGAAAGAGAAAGUGAAAUCUCAUGACAUGUCAUCAUGCAGAGCACACAUCAUAGCUUCUGUCCCAGGCCCUCACACUGGACUGAAUAUAUUCAAAUGGGGACACAUGAAGCUUAGAAAAGUACUAGAGGAGCAUGGCCCAUCAGCCUCUACCACAACAAAGGACUGGCCUGUUAUUGGUCAGUUCUCCUCCAUUGGCUCAUUAGGGCCUGCUCCUUCAUCAUGGCUGACUUCAGAAUGGCUAACUAGUUUGAGUUCAUGUUGGAAGACAGGCACAGUUAAGACAUUGCGCAGUGAAAUACCAAAAGGAAAACUUCAAUUAGUAUUUCCUACAGUAGAAAACAUUAAGAAUAGCUUAGAAGGAUACAUGGCUGGAGGAUCUGUUCCUUAUGCCAGUCAGACAGCUCUAAAGCAACCUUACCUGACUACCUUCUUUAAUCAGUGGGUUGCUGAAGGUUAUGGUCGUUCAAGAGCUUCUCCUCACAUAAAGACAUACAUGAGAGUGUCUCCUACUUGUGACAGAUUAGCUUGGUUCCUUUUAACCAGUGCGAACCUCUCAAAGGCUGCAUGGGGAGGGUUUGAAAAGAAGGGAACACAACUGAGAAUAAGAUCAUAUGAGAUUGGUGUACUCCUCUUGCCUGAUGAUGAAUCUGGUACACUAAUGGUUGGAGAAAGUUCUUCCAAUAAUAGCAUGCUACCCAUUCCCAUUGACCUGCCACUGACUGAUUAUAAAACAACUGAUAGACCCUGGAUAUGGAAUGAUAGAUAUCUUGCUCCUGAUUGUAAAGGAAAUGUAUGGACUCCUUCUUGAAAUUGGUAUAUGUAUCCGUAACUCAUAUUUAUUUAGUUAUUUCUGUAUUUUAUCAUGUACUCUUGAUUUUAUUGAUGAUGAUGAUAUUGAUUCACUGAAAUAAUGGAUUUGAUUAUAAAGGAGUUUCUGUUUAUUAAGUGUUUAUUAAAAGAAAAA